AUGGCGCGACGGUACGAGAUCGAUGAGCUGCUAUGGCUACGCUCAUCGCCUCUUGUCGCAAAACCUCCUGGCCUACCCCCGAUUGAAGAAUGGAUGCCUCAACCUGACCCAACGACCCAGACCAAGCAACGAAACCCGCGUGAUCCUAAUAACCCAUCUGAGACGACUACAAACAGAAGGCCCAGCUUCUUCGAAGCUCGUCAUAUUUCCCGUGGUUCCAAUUCAGGAUCGUUCGACCUGACGGACCGGUCUGUGCGACCAGGCGACUCGGAUGAGAAGAGUGACCGCUUCAACUUCAGAGACAAAUUUUUCAAAGAUAAGGACGCUCCGGAGAGAGAAUUGGAACGCCGAGACGGGAAGCCUGCUGGUCUAAACGGCCGACGCGGGGAAAGGGAGGACUGGAAUGCUGGUCGUCCUCGUCGUGGGCUCGGACCGGAUGAGCAGGACCGCAAGCCGCGUCGCAACGGUGAAUUCGACCGAUGGGAGAAUAGAGAAAAUGCCCGAGACCCAAACAAUGAUCGAGGAAUUCGGGAACGCGAUGGCCGCCCCACAGUGAAAAAGGAUGGCCAGCCGGGACGAGCCAAACUCGAAGGGAGCUGGUUCCGUGAUGAAAACACCCAUGAGGGUGCUGAUGCUGAAGACGAUAAAGCACAGAUUCGCAACCGAGAGUGGCGUCGUGACCGACACGGCGCAGACCGUGACUGGACUCGCGGUGCCAAACUCGAGCAAGAGCCCGAGUGGUUGGAUAGCAACGACCGAGAUGAGCCACGACGUGCACAUACGCAGGAAGACUUUGAACGCUGGAAGGAGAGGAUGAAGGCUGGAUCUGGUGCUGGUCAGCAGGCUCCAGCGCAAGAAGAGAAGAGAGAGCUAGCCGCAGAAUCUCAUAUUACUGCUCAGCAGCCAGAGUCCCACCCCACCGAUGGGGAGAUUUUCAGCAACUCUGGUGCUCAAUUUUUGCCAGUUUCCUCGAUGGAGCGCUUCUUUGGUAUGCUGGGAGAUACGAACCCCCCCGUUCCUGAAAUCAGCUCACCGAUUGCCGCUGAACAAACUCCCAAGAAAGACCCUCUUGGCGCUGGCAUGAGCGCAAAACCUGGCAAAUCAUCUCGUUUUGCUGGUUUGUUCAGCCCGCCACCAGAGAGUCCUGCGAGGGAGACUGAGCCUCAAGGACCCUCUAUGGCCGCACUCUUUGGUGGAGGUAGCCCGGUCAACCCACAUGAUGCCGACCAGGAAGGUUUCCAGCGUAUUCUGAAGAUGCUGGGAGGCGGAGGCAAUCGAUCCAACAAUGGCACUCCUAACCAAGGUGAGCCGCUUCAUCAUUCGCGCCCACCCCCGAUGGCGCACUCAGAGCAGCAGCCACGUCCUGUUGCCAACAUGUCGUCUCCGAGAGAUUCGCUCUCGCAUUCUGAUUACAUGAGCCCUCGUGAGCACCCUAUGGCUCAAGUGGUUGGCAAGGAACCCCAGACUGGCGAGAGAGAGCAUCUGCUUCGGUUGAUGCAGCAAGUCCGCGUUGGACCUCCCUCUGGCCUAUCAUCCCAGCAGUCACCACCAAAUGCAGGCGUGCCUCCUCCCCCUGGCCUGAUGCCAGAAAUGAUGCCUCGUCCUCCUCCUGGACUUGGUGCUCAAAAGACUCCAACCUUCCUCGAUGACCCCGCCAUUGCGAAUAUGCAGCGACCAGACAGCGAACAGCUCCGUCGGCGAGCCCCCAACGUCCCCCCGCCCGUGGGGUACUUCGAUGAGGUUCCCUUCCCACCUCAGGGUGGCCAAGGCCCUAUGACUCCUGGGGGUUCCCGUCCUCUUCAGGGCAUGAACCAGCCUCCCAUGCCACUCCAGCGGCCUCCAGGACUGGAGCAUAUGCCACCCCCAGGCUGGGCCGGUCAACAUCCUCCUCCCCAGGGUAAUGGGCCCAACCCCAUGGGCCCGCCUCCUGGCAUCCCAGCACCUAACCGUGGCUUCCCGCCAGGUAUGAUGCCGAUGCCCCCUCGCGGUCCCCUACCCGGCAUGAUGCCACCGCCAGGAUACAUGGGUGGCCCUCCUCCCCCCGGUUUCCCUCCCAUGCCCCCAAACCCGGAGGCCAUGAUGGGAGUUGGCCCCGGCGGUCAAGGUCCUUUUGGUCCCGGUGGCCCUGGUCCACAAGGUCCACCUCCCUCGUCUCGACACCUCUUGGAGAUGUUCGGCCAGCCCAAUGGUGGUGACGGGCGAGGUGGCAUGGUCGGCCCUGGUCAAUUUAGGUAG